AUGGUCCCACUACUACCAACAACAUCAUCCCCGCCACCAGCUGCGGCUGCCUCCUCCUCCUCCUCCUCCUCCUCCUCCUCCUCCUCCUCCUCCUCCUCCUCCUCCUCCUCCUCCUCCUCCUCCUCCUCCUCCUCCUCCUCCUCCUCCUCCGCCUCCGCCUCCGCCUCCUCCUCCUCCUCCUCCUCCUCCUCCUCCUCCUCCUCCUCCUCCUCCUCCUCCUCCUCCUCCUCCUCCUCCUCCUCCUCCUCCUCCCACGUCCCCUCGCCCUCAAUGACGAACUCUGGGGGCGUGUGGGAGCAGGCGAAUAGGCGGAGGCGCGUGGGCAUAGUACUGCGGAGACUCACGCGGAAGACGUUGGAGGUGCCGGCGAAGAGGUAG